AUUCGACAGUAAGAGGACCAUCAAUAUAUUUUUAUUACAUAAUCGGCCUAUGAAUUUUUUCUUAAGCAAAUGAUGAGAACACUCGGCUAUCGGUUCACACCGGCGCGCCUCACUCGCCGGAUCGAAGUUCAUUCGCAAUUGUCAGCGCGUGUGAAGGUCGUAUCUUCGCAUCGCGAGGUCUGUGUGGUCCAUUGGAUGAUCAUCUGUGACAAUAGUGACAAGUACUUGAGAACCACGAUCGGUGUUUAAUGAGAAUGACUCGACGCUUCAUUAUCGGCGAAGUCGUGGGAGUAACUGGCCAUCGCGUGCGGUAGCCACUGUGCAGGAAGACCCAAGACCGCGAUUACCUGCCACACUAUUUUCCUUGUUCAUCUCGCAUUGUACAUUCGACUGUGAUAAAACUUGCUAAACACAAUGGGGACCGAUAAGCUAUUUUCAUACCAGACGCUAGUGCACGCUGUGUCUGGAGCUGCUGGCAGUGUAGUAGCAAUGAGCACUUUCUAUCCUUUGGACACAGUUCGGUCACGGUUGCAACUAGACGAGCAUCGCAAGAAUGGGAACACAUUUGUUGUGCUAAAGGAGCUGGUAGCAGAAGAGGGCUUUGGCACAUUGUACCGGGGGAUGGUGCCAGUUCUUCAGAGUCUGUGUGCUUCAAAUUUUGUCUAUUUUUAUGCUUUCCAUGGCCUGAAGGCUACCAGAGGGCAAAAAGCCACGCAAGGUGCUGGAACAGAUCUUCUUCUGGCCUCCGUUGCUGGAAUCAUCAAUGUGCUUACUACCAACCCUUUAUGGGUGGUGAAUACCCGCCUAAAGAUGAAGGGUUUGUCUGGCCAACAAACACAGCAGUACUCUGGGCUUUGGGAAGGACUGCUAAAGGUAGCCAAAGUGGAAGGCAUUGGCAAACUUUGGAGUGGAAUGACUCCAUCGCUGCUUCUCGUCUCCAACCCGGCCAUCCAGUUCAUGGUGUACGAGUCCCUGAAACGGAGGCUUCACUCGGUUUACAAACCAGAGAACAUCAGUGGUCUUGUUUACUUUGCAUUGGGUGCCACUGCAAAAGCCCUUGCCACGGUGCUUACAUACCCCUUGCAGUUAGUUCAAGCAAAGUUGCGUCAUGGCCACAGCUACAAAGACUUGCGUCCAGAUGCAGGUCUUAUUGACAUGACUAUGUACAUCCUGAAAAAGUAUGGCCUUGCUGGGUUGUUUAAGGGAAUGGAAGCAAAGAUCCUACAAACCGUUUUUACAGCAGCUUUAAUGUUUGCUGCAUAUGAGAAGAUAGCAGGCUUCAUCAUGUCAGUUCUUCUUGUACACCACAAAGGUGCAAUAAAGAUGAAACACUAGGUUGUUUUGUGUGUAAACUGUGCCUGUUGGUAUGAUAUUGCAAUGGUUUUUAAUUUUUUUGUCAGUUAUGGAACUUAUCAUCGACCAUGAGAUCAACUACGAUCCUUUAAUCAAUGGCAAUAACAAAUAGACGAGAGUCAAAAUUUGAAAUUGUAAAUUUGUACAUCUGAUAAUACUACAGAACACUUAUUUCAUGAGAGUAAAAGGAAACAGAAAAACUGCUUGUUAAUUUCAAAAUUAGAUUCACAAAUAUGUCAACAGAUUGAAUGAUUUUUGAAUCUCUAGAAUCCAAUCUUAGGGGAUACAAGAUCAAAAAAAGAAUAUUUGCACAUUACUCAAAUGCAUAUCUUUACUUUAAAAUUAUUGUCGAAACAUGCAUUUGGGUCUGUUAUUAUAGAACUUAGUUGAAAAAAAUUCACAAUGUUGCAAUUAAAUGUCUUUCUUGAUAACACACUGAGGAAAUGAUUUAGUCAAGCUUCUAUGUAUUCUUUUAACAUAUGUUCAACAGAAUAGUUUGAAAUUUUUAUUUGCCUUUUUGUCAGAAAGCAAUUGCCUCAGUACUGGAUAAUUUAUCUUAAAUUAGAAAGACAAAAUUAUUUGUAAAAUUUUAAUUCUAACCCGUCAGAAAAACAAAACUAAAAAUUUGAAAUUAAGAGAAUAAAUUAAAUUCUUAUUUUUGGUUAAUUGGAAAUGUAAUUUAAAUCCAAAACAUGCAAAUGCGCCAGUGAUAAUUUCUUACUCACAAAAUACAAAAAUAAAUUAAAUAAUUCUUCCCUGUGCAAUACAAAUACUAUCGUAUGAUAAUUGGCAUAUGAAUAUUGUAGAAAUUGGCAUAAAUCGGUCGUACCAUAUAUGAGUAUGUUAAAAAAAUAGCUACUACUUGAAUGUCAUAUUACCAUAAUCAGACCAAAUGUUAUCACUACAAAUCUACAUGGUAAUGUUUUUAUACAAUAGGUUCAGUUUACACUCCUAGUCUAGAACUGAUCAACCUUUUUCACACCAAAGGAUAAUCUGAGAAAAACCAAAGUUCUCUUACGAAUUUAAGUUUGUAAAGCACAUUAGAAUCUCCAUUAUCACAUGUAAUGUCAGGACAGGGAGGUCUAGGAAAUAUAGAAAUAUUUCUUGGUUCACAUAUGUUAAUGGAAAAAUUAUUUAAGAGGAAAUGGAUAAUAUGUAAAAAACAAUUAUACAAUGUUGUGCAUAUCAAGUAAUUCACAUGUAUUACAAUUUUAUUUGCAGAUUCUUUUUUGUUUUAUCUCUUAGAAACAGACCUCAGAUAAUGGAGUUCCACUGUAUAUUGGUUUGAGAAGAAUUUUGAUGAUAAAAUAGUAUGCAAUACGUACUAUGACAAGGAAUUUUUACCAUGUAGUUAAAGGAAUGACCAAAUAAUUAGGUUUAUGACCAAUUAAGUUCAAAUUCUCAUUUUUAUAAUUAAAGUGAGGCUCUGAUAAACUCUUAUUUAAGUUUUGUCAUUCUUCUUUAAAUGUUUUAAUUUGUAAUCUUCAAUUUUUAGUGACUGUUCAGUAUCAUCUAGUGUAGUAGUUCUAGAGGUGGAUCCCAUUUGGCUUCUGCCAUCUGUGAAUAUUCUUCUACUUACUGAUUUUUAAUGAAGAUUUCACAUUUAUUCCUUCAGUGAUCGCAUUCUUUACUACUACAGCAGCGACUUCACCAUUCUGUUUCUGCGGAAACAAAUUACAAGUUAUUCAUGUAUCUUUCAAGUCCAACAAAAUAUGUGCUUAUUUGUUUUACAUCUCUCCAAAUCGAUUUUAUCUGCAAUUUUAUAAAAUUACUGAAGGAGUUUGUGAAAAUUUCCGAUUUUGAAAGGCGGUCCAAAAGAUAUCUAAAUUUGAAAACCACUCAUCUUAAGGCGGCUCCACACAUUUGGCAUUUGCCAAGUUGCAAGUGACAGCUUACACAAUCCCUAGCAGCUGAUGUGCUUGGUGAAUGCUUGCUUCCUUUGAUAUGUGCAAAAGAUAAAUAUGCAAUGGGCAGGGCAAGUACCCAAAGUUUGUAGCUUGGCAAAUAGGAAACAACCCAUCCACACUAUGCAGGAUUUAGUGAGUAGUCGCUCGCUAUUUGUUGAAUAUCGAAUGUGUGGAGCCACCGUAAUGCAUUAUGUGGAGCCUAGAAAGGAAUUGAUGAAGACAUACCUAUUAAGUAAUUGGUAGAAAUGGUGCAGAUUAGCUCAACAGAAUCAUUCUUAUCAAAUUCCAAAACAAGUGAGGAUCUCUAUGUGAAACGGUGCUGCAUUAGUAUUAUUGUAACAUUGUGAGUUGGUCGAGUGUAAUGUCUGAGAACCAUAUUUAGUUACAAAGUCAUGAAAGUUUUGAAGUCUUUUGAGUAGUCAAUUUAUAAAUGUGUGUGUGUAUUCUCCUUAGAUUUAAUAAAUUAUAUUUUGCCAGUUAUUUUCAUGUUGGACAUACCCAGCAGAGUUAGUACAAAAUAUGGCAAUUUUCAAGUAAAGGCAGCCACAAAAAAAUAAGAAAUUGGUGGAUCUGUUAUCCAUGUUCCACACAGAUUAUGCUCUCUUUAUGUUUCUAACUUAGUGGUAAAACAUCUCUUUUGAUUCUGAGAUCCUCAUUCAUAGACUUAAGAAAUCAGAAAUAAAUAAUUGCCUAACCCUUAAAUGCACCACAUGGGUUUCUUAAAUCCUCCCAAUUGUCUUAAGACCCUUGUUGUGCACCUAAAGAGUUGAAAUAAGUUAUUUUAAUAUACACUUAUAUAUAUCGUAUCAAUGAGUGACUUAUGCUAUUGAAAAUCUGUCAGUCACUUGCAGUCAAUUAAUUCAUGGCUGUAAGGCCACAUAGUACCAAAUUAUAUUUACUGAAACAAACCAAAAAUUUAGAUUGGAAUUGAGAAAAGUUUAAGGACCAGACAAACUCCCUUUUAGGAAAAAGUGGUCACACAUUUUAGGACUAAAUAAAUUAGAAAUACAGUAUUUCCGUUAGAAAUGCUUAAUUGAAGUAUUAUCUAUGAAUUCGGCUCCGUUAUAUACUUAAAUGUAAUAUUGUGGUGAGAAAGAGCUUAUUGGAACUGAAGGUUCAAAGAGAAAACAAAAGCAGAUAAUCGUAACCUUUGGUACAAAUAUAAACAACUUGCUAUUUUAUGAGUGAUUUAGUUUGUUUUUGAUUUAAAAAGAAAUAUCUUACGUUUGUGAUACGUAUAUGCUCUCUUAAUACAUAAAUCAUUGUAAGAAACAUUAAUUCUGAAGAAUAAUACAGUUGUUACACAGAGCUAGAAAGAAAGGUCUGUCAAACAAGGUACUUUUGGGAUAUCUAACAUUAAAGUGGCUACUUUGAUAAAAAAGAAUUAACUAAUGAAAUUUUCUUGCAUGGGAUCUGUAGUCAUUUUUCUACUGUAAUCAAAUUUAUUUGGGAAGAAUAAUGUUGAUUGUAUGAUCAAGUUCAUGCCAUUCAUAAGAAAAAAUCUGUUAUAAAGAACAACUUUUGAAAUUUAUUUAUUCUGUAUCCAUUCCUUUGCAAAUUGCUAUACGUGUUCAACCAGCCAAAUUUAGGGACAUAUUAUUUUUGAUCUGUAAUUUUAAAAGUGUCAACAGGUUAAACUAAAUCAGAUUUGAAAAGGCAAACAACAAAAACUGUGAUUUGUGCUAUUAGUAAACUUUGUCCAUAUGCUGAAUAACCUCAAUACCAAAGUAACUUAGUGUGGGACAGCUCAUAAUCAUAAUGUGAAACUUUCGUGUUUUUAAUGUAAGUAAUCGGGUCUAGCAACAUAGAAUUUUUCUUUUAUUUCAAGAUUCUGGGAGUUUAACAUUAGUUCCCAACUGCUUAACCCAUUGGUUUGUGAAAAACAUGGACAUUGCCUAUGCCUAAGUCACAGUUCUGCGUUUUUAUUGAUGUGACUGUAUUUACAAUUCAAUGAUAGUUUUAAAAGUUUCCCUGCUUCAUUGUCAUAACUUUCAUUAAAUUUAAUAUAGCAGACAAUUGAUCUGUUACUAACGUCUGGGUUUUCAAACUUUUCUCUACACUUUUUCUGCAGAGCCUUGAAAGCCUUUGGCAGGAAACAGUGCUUUAGACUGUAAUUUGUUACCAAUUAGACUAAAUGUUCCUUAUAUUGGUUAUUCCUCAUUCCUUAAGAGUAAGAUUGUAUUAUAAGAAGGUACAUUUUUAUGUAAAAUUGUUUGUCAUUGUAAGUACUGCAUUUACCUGAAUAUAAGUCGAUUCGGAAUAUAAUACAAUCCUCUAAUUUUCAAGAGGCCACCUGAGAAUUUUUAAAAUUUUUAACUAAUUCUUAGUAUUUAGACAAAAUUAUAUUACAAAUUGUCUGGAAAUUGGUUUGUUGAUGAGAAUUUUAAUAUUUAUUGCUGAACUAUCAUUUUUGUUUUCCUUAAAAUCAUCAUAAUCAUCAUCACGUUUAUCAAAGUUUCUUUCUUUUUGGUCCUCCUUUCUUGCUGUGACAUCAUCUGACGUUUCAGGCCCCUCUGAAAGUUUUGCGCAUUGAAUUUGCAUUGUUCAUAGUCUUUCAUCAGAUGUCAUCUACGAAC